AUGGCGUCGUUCAACCCUUCGAAGCUCCAGGUCAAAAACAAGAUGCCCGCGGCGGUGCAAAUCACCGCGGAGCAAAUCUUGCGUGACGCCGUGGAGUGGCAGAGUCGCGAACAUCGCGUGCCAAAUAGGACGUUCGUCGAUCAGGAUGAGCUCGUCUACUACAAGGCGCAACGGCGGAAGGAGUUCGAGGACACGCUGCGGCGGCAGCGCCAUCACAUCGGCACCUGGAUCAAGUACGCGCUAUGGGAGGCCAAUCAGCAGGACUUCCGCCGCGCACGCUCGGUAUUCGAGCGCGCUCUGCAGGUGGACGCGAACAACGCGAACCUCUGGCUUCGCUACAUCGAAACCGAAAUGAAGAACAAGAACGUGAAUGCAGCACGCAACCUCUUCGACCGAGUGGUCUGCCUGCUACCGAGGGUGGACCAGUUCUGGUUCAAGUACGCUCACUUCGAGGAGCUUCUGGGCAACUAUGCCGGUGCACGCACCGUGUUUGAGAGGUGGAUGGAGUGGAACCCGGAUGAGCGUGGCUGGAUGCUCUACAUCAAGUUCGAGGAGCGCUGCGGUGAAAUCGACCGCUGUCGCGAGAUAUUCGAGCGCUUUCUGGAGAAUCGCCCUUCAUGCUCGGCAUUUUUGAAGUUCGUCAAGUUCGAGCAGCGGCAGAAGAACUACCCCCGCGCCCGUGCGGCGUUUGUGAAAUGCCUGGAGAUCGUGCCGUCCGAGCUGCUCACGGAGGAGUUCUUCAUCAAGUUCGCGGCAUUUGAGACGUCGCAGGCCAAUAUCGCAGGCGCGGAAAAGGUCUAUGAGCAGGGUCUCAUGACACUGCCGCGCGAAAACGCAGAGCUCCUUUAUCGCACGUACGUCUCGUUCCAGAAGCAGCACAAGGACAAGGAGACCAUUGACAACCUCAUCGUUACCAAGAAGCGAAACGAGUACGAGCAGAACCUGCUUGACGAGCCGUACAACUACGACGUCUGGUUCGACUACAUCCGCAUGGAGGAGCAGACGCUGUCCGACGACGGGCACCCUGAGGGCAUCGACCAGUCGUACGCAGAAGCUCAGCAAACGCGCAUUUGCGAGCUUUACGAGCGCGCCAUCUCCAACCUGCCGCAGGUCGACAACCGGCGGCUGUGGCGGAGGUACUCCUACCUGUGGAUCGGGUAUGCCAUAUUCUCCGAGCUCACGCUGGGGCAACCCGACCGCGCUAUCGCAGUUUAUCGCAAGGCACUACAAGUGCUACCGAAGGAAUUUGCAAAGUUCUACAUCCUGCUCGCAGAGCUUCAUCUCCGUCAGGAGGAUUUAGACAGCAUGCGCAAAACGUUCGGCAUGGGCUUAGGCCGAUGCAGCAAGCCUAAGCUGUUCGAGGCGUACGCGCAGAUCGAGCUGAAACUGGGCAACCUGGACCGCUGCAGGCACAUCCACGCCAAGUACAUCGAGAUGUGGCCGUUCAAGCCCGACAGCUGGCUUGCGUUUGUGAACCUGGAGCUCAUGCUUGACGAGCGGGAGCGUGUACGCGCCCUCUGCGAAGGCGCCAUCGCCAUGGACCAGAUGGACAUGCCCGAGACGGUAUGGAACCGCUACAUUGAGAUCGAGAAGGAGUGGCAGCAACACCCGUACGUCCGCAACAUCUACGAGCGUCUGAUUCUGAAAACGACACACAUAAAGGUGUUCAAGGGGUAUGCCGAAUUCGAGUUUGAAUCCGGAUACCUGGACAAGGGAAGGGCGGUGAUCGAGCGUGGUCUGGAAUUCUACAAGGCAUCGGGCCACCAGGUCGAGCGCGCCGGGCUGCUGGCACACCUGCUGCAGAUGGAGCGCAAGUAUGGUGACGCAGAGAGCACUGUCAAGGCGCGGUCGCGACAACCCAAGAAGGUCCGCCGCAAGAGGAAGUUGGAAGAUGGCUCCACCGUGGAGGAUGUCGUGUACGUAUUCCCCGACGACGGACUGCAGCAGAGCAAGAUCCUGCAGGCAGCGCUCCGCUGGAAGCAGAAGCAGCAACAGCUGGCAUCGAACUAG